AUGCCUAAAAAUACAUUAUAUGUCACUGGGUUUUCUAGAGACUCAAAGGCUGCUGAUUUGGCACCAGAGUUUGAAAAAUAUGGAGAUUUAGUAAGAUUAGAUAUUCCACCACCAAGAACAGAUGAUGGAGAAAAAUAUGCUUUUGUAGAAUAUAAAGAUGCUGAAAGUUGUGAAAGAGCUUUAGAUUUGGAUGGUCAAAAAUUACCUUUUACAAUUGGUGAUGGAUUAGUUGUUCAAGUAGCAAGAUCUGAUCCUUAUCAAACUAGACCAAGAGGUGGUUUUAGAGGAAGAGGUGGAUAUGGUUAUGGUCAUUCAGGAGGUUAUGGUCCUCCAAGAGGUGGUUAUAGAGGUGGAUACGGUGGAGGUUAUGAUGAUGGAUACGGCGGAUAUGGAGGUGGUAGAGGUGGAUAUCGUGGAGGAUACGGUGGUAGAGGUGGUUAUGGAAGAGGAGGAUAUGGUGGAUAUGAUGAUGGAUAUGGAUCAAGAGGUGGAUAUAGAGGAAGUAGUAGAGGUGGAUAUGGAGAUUAUAGAGGAAGUCGUGGAGGUAGUGAAGGUGGUUAUAGAUCAGGUGGAGCUGGUAGAGAAAGAAGUUCAUAUGAAGGAAGAGGUGAUUAUCGUAGAGAAAGUAGAGGAGAAGAUAGAGGUAGAUAUAGUAGAUCCCCAUCAAGAGAAAGAUCACCAGGUUUUUAA